AUGCUCAGAGUGGUUGCCAAGGCUCAGUACCCCGCCGCUGUGCGAUGCUUCAGCACAUCUCACGCAGCCUUCGCCAAGGUCUCUUUUGAAUCGUCCGAAGACUUCCUCAAGAAGAUUGGUCGAGACACCGUCAAGCUGGCUGAAAAGUUUGAGACCUGGGACGAGCUCAAGAACUCCACCUCCAGCGAUCUUAAGGAGAAGGGCAUCGAGGCCCGGGACCGUCGAUACAUCAUGACACAGCUCUACCGAUACAAGAACGGCGAGAAGAUUCGAGAGAUCCCCCGAGGCAAGAAGACCUGGGGAGGCGAGCGAAAGCGAAACCUGGUCCAGGCUCUGUUCAAGGCUGGUCAGAACUAA